ACAAAAAAGUAUAAAUCGAAAAAUGGCAGUAACAGCUAAGGUGUCAGGCUGUCAACGGACCCAACCACCCUAAAGAAAACCAAACCAAGUGGAUUAACCCAUCUGAAACUGUGUCGUUUUGUCUCCCCAACCUACUCUCCCAGUCUCCCUUAUUUCCCUCGUGCGCCAUUUCUCACCGGCUAUCCCCUGUUCCCGGUCACUCCCUUCACUUUACUCACUCACAAAAUAUUUUUUCUCCCAAUUAAAAAAAAUAAAAAAUAAUACGGAGUAAUUUUCUCUCUCCUAGUUUUCUGUUCCAUUAUCACUAUAUAUUCCUGCUUCACCUAACAAUGCUCUUUUUUUCCUUUCCUUCUCCUUUUUUUUCUCUCUCUUCUCCGCCGUCCAUCUCCAUUUUCCGGCGGCCGUUCACCGUCGGAAACUUUUACUUUUCCGUCUCUCAGGACUUUUUGUUGUUAUUGAAGGGGGUGGUGUGUGUUUGUUUGAAUUAUCGGUACCGGAAGAAAUGGAGGGAGUUGGGCUAAGGAAAGUGAGCUCUCAUUGCUCGAUUUCCGAGAUGGAUGAUUUUGACCUGUCUAAGCUUCUUGAUAAGCCUAGGCUCAAUAUUGAAAGGCAGAGAUCAUUCGAUGAGAGAUCGUUGAGUGAGUUGUCCGUAGGACUGAAUAAAGGGAGUGUAGAGAACUUUGAUCACAUGUACUCUCCUGGAGCAAGGUCUGGUUUCGAUACCCCUGCUUCAUCGACUAGGAACUCUUUUGAGCCGCAUCCUAUGGUUGCCGAAGCUUGGGAAGCUCUUCGACGAUCUUUGGUGUACUUUAGAGGUCAGCCCGUGGGUACCAUUGCUGCUUAUGAUCAUGCUUCAGAGGAAGUAUUGAAUUAUGAUCAGGUGUUUGUAAGGGAUUUUGUGCCUAGUGCACUAGCUUUUCUUAUGAAUGGUGAGCCAGAUAUAGUUAAGAAUUUCCUGUUAAAGACCCUGCAACUUCAGGCUUGGGAAAAGAGAGUUGACCGAUUUAAGCUCGGGGAAGGGGCAAUGCCAGCAAGCUUCAAGGUGCUCCAUGAUCCUGUUCGGAAAUCAGAUACUGUUGUUGCGGACUUUGGUGAGAGUGCCAUCGGAAGGGUAGCUCCUGUUGACUCAGGUUUCUGGUGGAUUAUUCUGUUGCGUGCAUAUACAAAGUCUACUGGAGAUAUGUCUUUGGCAGAGUCGCCGGAAUGUCAGAAGGGGAUGAGGCUUAUAAUGACUCUGUGUUUGUCGGAAGGGUUUGACACAUUUCCUACCCUACUUUGCGCAGAUGGUUGCUCAAUGAUUGAUCGGAGAAUGGGAAUUUAUGGCUAUCCCAUUGAAAUUCAAUCGCUCUUCUUCAUGUCACUGAGAUGUGCUUUGGCUAUGCUUAAACAUGAUGGAGAAGGAAAGGAAUUUAUCGAAAGAAUAGUGAAGCGGUUGCAUGCAUUGAGUUUUCACAUGAGAAACUAUUUUUGGCUUGAUUUCCGUCAACUAAAUGAUGUCUACCGUUACAAAACAGAAGAAUAUUCUCAUACUGCUGUGAAUAAGUUUAAUGUCAUUCCCGAUUCAAUUCCAGAUUGGGUUUUUGAUUUCAUGCCUACACGUGGUGGUUACUUUAUUGGAAAUGUUAGUCCAGCAAGGAUGGAUUUUCGAUGGUUUGCGUUGGGCAAUUGUGUUGCCAUCCUUUGUUCUCUUGCAACUCCAGAGCAAUCUAUGGCUAUUAUGGAUCUCAUUGAAGAGCGCUGGGAAGAGUUGGUAGGAGAAAUGCCUCUAAAAAUCUCUUAUCCUGCCAUAGAAAGUCAUGAAUGGCGGAUUGUCACAGGAUGUGAUCCCAAGAAUACCAGAUGGAGCUACCACAAUGGAGGAUCUUGGCCAGUUCUUUUAUGGUUGUUAACGGCAGCGUGCAUCAAGACUGGUAGACCACAGAUUGCAAGACGAGCCAUUGAUCUGGCAGAGUCCCGUUUGCUCAAAGACGGCUGGCCAGAAUACUAUGAUGGUAAACAAGGCAGAUACAUUGGAAAACAAGCACGAAAAUUCCAAACUUGGUCAAUUGCUGGAUACCUUGUGGCAAAAAUGAUGCUAGAAGAUCCAUCACACUUGGGUAUGAUCUCCUUGGAAGAAGACAAGUUAAUGAAACCAUUGAUUAAGCGAUCAUCCUCUUGGACGUGCUGAGCCUAAGCAAAUAGUAGGAGGUAGUAUUGAAAAAAAUACAAGGCUUAAAAAUGCUAAGUAAUUGUUAUCGUAAUUCUGGCGAUGUUCAUUCUUUGGCAAUUUUCUUGCCGUUCUCAGGACUGAUUGCAAGGUCUGGUUGUGUACAAUAGUGUCUGCUGGCUUCUUGUUUCACAAAUAACUUCUUUUUUCCUCCAAAAUUUCAUAAUCAAAUGGUUACUUCCCUAUGUUGAAAUCAACUUCCG